CAUUUUAUAUGUAAUACAUAAAGUUUUGUUUUAUUGGCUGAUAUUCGAAUUCUGCAGCGUUUGAACAACAGAAAAUAAUCAGUAAACCAGUUAAAAAAUCAUAUCUUACAUUUGAAAAUUAGUUUAAAAAGUUAUAUCCUACAUACACAAUGAAUUUUCUGAGAGCCUUGAAACGAGCUAUUUUUGGUAAAAGCUCGCCAAAUGAACAUCUUCAUAUAAAUGUGAAGAGCAAAAAUAUAUACAACAGUAAUAGAGAUUGCGAGGAUUUGCUGAACCAAAAAAUUCCAGAAAAUGGCUCAUAUUUCGAUAUCUACGGCUUGAUAGGAGACCAAGGCGCAGAGCAUGAUCAAAGCGAUUUCAAACAAUCGAAACAUGAAUUUGAAAAACAGACGUUCCAAUCAUGGCCUCCCAAAAACAAAAUAGGAAAAUAUAAUCAAAGCAGACCCAACGAAUACGUCCACAUCGCUCCAGAAAGCCCAAAAGAUGCUGGUAAAACGAAAGCAUUGGAUACAACCUUGCGUGAGCUUCUGCAGGAGAUACGCCAAGAUCUACAGGACCAGCCAUAUUUUGACGGGAAAAUCAAAAUGCCAGAUGCAGCGAGACUGCUGAAGAAGUACAAAAUUGAGGGCUCGUUUCUAGUGCGCAACAGCAGAAACCAAGACGGACUCAACUUCGCUAUCACAUUCUUCUCGAGUGCAUUCAAAAUAAAAUCUGUUAAAAGUAUCGGAAUCACUUUCAUCCCUGCCGUCAAGAAAUGGAGAAUGGGACACAAUGAAAUUCCAAACGAACGCCAAUUCAACAAAGUUUCUGACUGCGUUGAGUUCAUCAGGAGUAAGAGGCAAACUUUAACGAGUGGAGAGGAAAUAGAACUAAGUGGACCACUCACAAAAGAACUAAUCGAAAAAAGAAACCGUCUAUCACCAUCACCGAUUUAAAAAAGAAAGAGAAAUUUUAAAAUGCAUUCUCUUUUGAUAUUCAAAAUUAAUUAAAGUGUUACUCAUUUAUAAAAAAAGUUCCUGCGUAAUGAUU